AAUCACUCGCAGUCACUGGCGGAUCUUUAGCAGAAGUUGAAGGAACAUCCAGGGAUCGUCUUUGGACUCGGUCGCGCUGUGUCGGGGCGACGAGAGGAAGAAUCGGCCGAGUUAGAGGCGAAGAGAUACAAAUCAGUGCGGUCGGCCGAGGAUUCUUGUGGUUGGGGCGCGGGGAGAUCAGCUGGAGCUUUUGCUGUUUGUUCUUCUAUUUCUUUCGGUCUCUCUGGGCCCUUCUCCUCCCCGACCCCUCUGCUUCUGGCUGACACUCAAGGGGGUCGGGGUUCGGGGGCAACAUGUUCCAACCCACCCCAAAAAGGUGUUUUACCAUCGAAUCGUUGGUGGCUAAAGACUCGCCGAUCUCUCGCUCCGACGACCCCAUCCGACCCGCCGCCCUCAGUUAUUCCAACUCUGCGCCCCUGAACCCCUUUAUCAACGGCUUCUCCCCCACGGCCAGAGGCGUCUACUCCAACCAGGACUUGGUCUUUGCUGAAGCCAUUUCUCACCCGCCCAACCCUUCUGUCCCUGUGCACCCAGUGCCCCCACCCCACGCCCUGCACCCCCUGCCGACCCCUCACUCACCGCACCCCCUCUUUUCAUCUCAGCAACGCGACCCCUCAACCUUCUACCCCUGGUUAAUACACCGGUACCGAUACCUGGGACACCGAUUCCAAGGGAACGACCCGAGUGCUGAGAGUUUCCUUCUCCACAACGCACUGGCCCGAAAACCCAAACGGAUCCGCACCGCUUUCUCCCCCUCUCAGUUACUGCGCCUGGAACACGCCUUUGAGAAAAACCACUAUGUUGUGGGCGCAGAAAGGAAACAGUUGGCGCACACGCUCAGCCUCACCGAGACCCAGGUAAAAGUUUGGUUUCAGAACAGAAGGACAAAGUUCAAACGUCAGAAACUGGAGGAAGAGGGGUCGGAUUGUUCGCAGAAGAAAAAAGGGGCUCAUCACAUCAACAGAUGGAGGAUCGCCACCAAACAAGGGAGCCCCGAGGAGAUCGAUGUCACAUCGGACGAUUAACAACGACCACUUGGGACUUCCACAUUCUUUUUGCUUUUUAAUGAACUUUCAAACGAGAAAACAAAUAAAAGGGUUUGAGCUCCAAGGGAGUCAGACUGGACUGGGCUCAGAAGCAGAACUCACAGAGGAGAGAGAGAGAGAUGGGCGACCCCAAAGUGGCCUGGGCUUCGAGGUCAACCAGCAGGGGUCAAGGUCAUCCCCAGGGAUUCAGUGAAUAAGGACAACUCGUUUCUUUUGCACUUCCAACAUUUCUCCCCCCAACAAAUAUAUAAAAAUCCUGUUUUUGUUUUUUUAAAUAAAUUAUUUCCCAAAACUUGAAUUGCAUGACAAAUGGGUUUACACGAUGUUCUAACUACCCCUCCCCAAUAAAACAGGUAACUUUAUAAUUUAAGAGAAAUAGUUUCACUUCUAACCAACGCCCCCCAUCCCAGAGCCAAUGAAAGGCUUUGGUCACUGCAGCACCUCUUGCGUCACCCUACAGAUUCCUGACGUCAUGGAGAGUGCAAUAUGACGACUGAAACCCUAGUUGGCCAAGAUGUUCUGCAGCAGCAGUAGCUGAAAUAAAUCUUUACACGAGAGUCGCACUGAGUUUUGGUGCGAUAAUAUAGGGGGUCAGGAAUGCGAUUUUUUUUAAAGACAUCUUUCCAAAAUAUUCUGGAAUUUUAUUGAUCGUACAGAAAUCAGUAAAAAAAAAAAUAUUUUGAAUGCUGCAGAAAUAAUCAGAGGGGAGUGUUUGUGUGGACUUGGACCUGAAGCAUUUCCCACGGUGUCUGGUGCUUUAAUUAAACCCACAGACUUGGCACAAGGAGUCUCCAAAAAUGACAGUUUCAUGGAUCAUUUUGUAGAACUGAUCACUUUUGGCAGCAAUUCGGAAGCACUGAGAUUUUUAUUUUCCACAAUAGUAAAAACUCUAUUAAAUAUGGACAACAACAUCCUAAUGUUUCCCCAGUGUCUUCUCCACCAGAUUGUACAUAUUUUUGUGUUUGUGUUCAUUUGUUAGAAUUCUAACUCACUAUAUACUUCCAAGAAGUAUGUGUCAAUAUUUUGUCAAUAAAGAUUUAUCCAAAA